GGCGAGUUCAACCGUGUCCUCCGCGCUCCGUGCCUGCCAGCCUGCCACUGCUCGGUUCUAGAAUCCACUCCCUGACCUGUGCGGCGCUCCGUGCCUGGCUGCCAGCCUGCCACUGCUCGGUUCUAGAAUCCACUCCCUGACCUGUGCGGCGUUCCCGUGCCCGGCCGGAGUAUCGAUCGCAUGGCCUGCGCCGGCGCCGCGCAGAAGGUCUCAGCGGUGCUCUACCACUACCCGUGCCCGGACGGCGCGUUCGCAGCGCUCGCCGCUCACCUCUAUUUUUCCGGCGCCGCCCACCCGGUCCGAUUCUUCCCCAAUACCGUCUACGACCCCAUCAGAUGUUCAAUUCUCUAAUUCCAAAGGUGCGGUGAUCUAAGUUAAUGGUGCUGUGUUAAACAUACGAACAUCGGACAGUAAGUACCUGAUGAAAGUGUGAGCCUCAAGUGAUUGUAGGCAUUAUAAAGUUCUGCUUCGACUCUUCUAGUUGUAUUUUAUUGUGGGAAGGAUUCAAUCUGUACUAGGUUUAGCAUAAUCAGAGCUAGAAUGGACUACCUCUGUUGGAUUUCAUUAAAUCAUAAAACACACGGCACCUUUUUUUAUACUUUUGUGGGAUUUUCAUCUUAGUGACACAAACUCUGUGCAAUUAUGCUGAUGCUUUUGUUCUGGUAUAUUCCUUCUGCUAUGAUAUUUUUUUGUCUGUUUUGUAGGAGUGAUUCACUUCCACUGGAAGAAAUAAAAGAUGUUUACCUUCUUGACUUUGUGGGACCUCCUGGUUUUGUUGAAGAUAUAGCCCCUAAAGUCGAAAGAAUAACAAUCCUGGACCAUCAUAAGACCGCUUUUGAAAGUUUGUGUGUGAAUGCCACACUUGGGCAAAAUGUGACCAAGGUGAUAGACAUGCAGCGUAGUGGUGCGACAAUUGCAUUUGACUUCUUUAGAAACAAGCUCUUAACAGAAGUUAGCACCUCACGGGGUAAUGAAAGUGGUAAAGAUGUAGCCAAGGUCAAAUAUGUACCUGACAACAAGGCUGAAACAGUACACAAGCUUUUUAAGUUUAUUGAAGACGGGGACUUAUGGAGAUGGAAAAUUCCAAAUAGCAAGGCCUUCAGCAGUGGACUUAAAGAUUUGGACAUUGAAUUCAAUGUCAAUGCAAAUAAUAAAUUGUUUGAUCAGUUGUUGGAGUUGGAUCCUGAGCAUGUCAUUUCCCAUGGACAAGCGACAUUAUUAGAGAAGCAAAGAUUAAUAGAUGAUUGUUUGGAGAAAUCCUAUGAAAUUUCCCUGGGAUGUGGCCAGUUUGGGAGUUGUCUGGCUGUUGAUGCUGAUGCUAUUUCAAAUUUGAGAAGCGAACUUGGAAAUCAACUAGCUAGCAAGAGCCGUGAUUUUAAUCUAAGGGGUAUUGGGGCUGUUGUAUACAAAGUUCCUGAGUUGAAUAAUGACCAGAUACUGAAAGUAAGUCUAAGAAGUUUAGAACAAGAAGACACAACCUGUAUCUCUCAGGAAUAUGGUGGUGGGGGACAUCGGAAUGCAAGCUCGUUUAUUUUGAGUGUGACUGAGUUUGACAGGUGGAAAGUCGGAUCUUCUCGACCAAAAGUUUUGAAGACAUGAACUGUCGUGUGGAUGAGGUUUCGCGUGCUUGGCCAACGUCAGUAACAAAACGGCAGCAGGUGGGCAUCUUUGAAGCAAGUAUUGGUUGAUGAGCUAUGAAUUCUUAGGGAAGACGGCCCGAAUGAACUUCAAGAAACGCUCCGAGUAGAACUGGGGGUCCACAACCGAGAUCGAGUCCGAGUCAUAUUGCAUGGAAUUCACGAUCGAUUUUCUUUGUCAUAUUGUACUAUUGCAAUAUGUCAAUGAUGCCCAGGUAGAGGACCAGGAACGGACCCAGCCAAAAGUUUGAGUGGGGGCUUAAAUAGAAGCAUAAUUAUUAAUGGACCUUUACAGCUACAGUGAAUAAUACAAACUUCGCAAGAACCAGAAAAUUAAGUGAGGCCCGUGCUUCCCACUCAGCCUAACGUGGGUCCGCCCAUGUAGAGGACAACAUCGCACACCUCACGGAGGAGAAGGCCAAUGCAGCUGAUGAGGAGUUGAAAACCUUGAUGAUAUGCUAGUUGUGAUGCUUCUCCAACCAGUGAGAUAGUAGCUGAUGAUAUGCUAGUUGAACAGCUUUAACCAGUGAUGCACAAUUUUACUUUAUGCGGGGGGAAGGGUGACUCGGAACGACAUGUUUUACAUAGUAGAGAUGGAGUGUUCUUAUCACUUGGGGCCUUGGGGUGAGACAGAAAAAGAACAAUGGAACGCUGGCUGGUUGUGGAGCAGAAAAUCUUUUAUUCUU